UUCCAAAUAAUGCCCAUCUCUCACUGACGUCACUGGCGUUUAGUGUCUGUCGCUCUCCGCUCCUCCUAUACAGACCACCAGAAGCUGAGGUGGGCUGUGGUCUGCGACAUAAAGCUUAUAGAGAUGGCCGACAUUCAAGACAAGACCAAGCUGGGCUCACCUAGCCCCGGAAGCUCUCCACGGCUGGCUCGAAAGGAGGCCAGCCCCACACCCUCAGGAGGAGGGGGAGUGAGUCCGUUCUCACAGCGGAAGAGAGAGGCAGAAACACUCCAGGAGGCUAUCACUGCCACAGCCCUGCCUGGAGAUCCACCUCUACUUCCAGGAGAGCUUCUGAGCUUCAUUGCCCAUGACAUCACCUACCUCGACCCAUUUCUGGGUGCCCGAACUGGAAGUCUCUACAUCACUGACUACAAGAUGUACUUCAAGUCUCCCAGUGAUGACAAGGCUGAGGAGUAUAUUCUGCAUGUACCUCUUGGAGUCAUCAGCCAUGUGGAGAAGAUGGGUCGCUCCAGGAGCAAGGGAGAGAAUGCCUACGGUCUAGAGAUCUUUUGCAAGGAUAUGCGGACACUCAAGUUUGCUCACAAACAGGAGACCCAUGGCCGAAGGGGGAUGUACGAAAGACUACAGGUCACACUACCACUGAAACAAUAGGCCAGCCAUGAUAGACAUAACCAGUAACAAACAUAAAGAUCCCUUUACUCUAAAUGCUACUCAUUACAUGAAAGUUUUUCCUAUUUCUCUAGAUUGUCUCAUUUCCCAUCAGCUAUGGCAAGAACCCAUUUGCCUACAGUUUCAAGCAGAGCUACCCGACCAAUGGCUGGGAGGUGUAUGAUCCUGUCAGGGAGCUAAAGAGACUGUCAGUGGGUGCAGAGAAUGUUCCGUGGAGGAUCUCAGAGACCAACAGUGACUACAGCAUGUGUGAGACGUACCCCACCAUCCUGGGGGUCCCGGCCUCUGUCAAUGACGAGACUCUGGUCCUGGCCUCCCAGUUCAGGAGCAAGGGACGAAUGCCUGUGUUGUCGUGGCUCCAUCCAGUGACCCACGCCUCCAUCACUCGCAGCAGUCAGCCUCUGGUGGGAGCAUCACGGAAACGCAGCAAAGAGGAUGAGGACUACCUCAGUGCCAUCCUGAAGGCUAACAAGUAUGGGAAGAAGCUCUAUGUGAUGGAUGCACGACCAAAGAUCAAUGCUUAUGCCAACAUAGCGAUGGGGGGAGGCUAUGAACUGGACGAGGCCUAUCCCAACAUGGACUUCAGUUUCCUAGACAUUGGCAAUAUCCACGUCAUGAGAGACAGUCUGAGCAAGCUUCAGGAUAUCUGCUAUCCUGACGUUGAUGACCAGAGAUGGUACUCCUCUCUCGAGGCCACUCACUGGCUGGACCAUAUCAAGACGGUGUUGGGUGGUGCAGUGAAGGUGGCAGAGGUGAUAGAGAGACAGAGGUCCUCUGUGCUGGUCCACUGCACCGACGGCUGGGACCGCACGGCCCAGCUUACUGCCCUCGCCAUGCUCAUGCUUGACCCCUUCUACCGCACCAUCCAGGGAUUCGAGAUUGUCGUUGAGAAAGAGUGGAUCUCAUUUGGCCACAAGUUUAGUCAGAGGCUGGGUCACGGAGAUCGUAACCACAGCGACGACCAGCGAGCUCCCAUCUUCCUCCAGUUCAUUGACUGUGUCUGGCAGAUGACCGUCCAGUUCCCCUACGCCUUUGAGUUCAAUGAGCACUUCCUUGUCACCAUCCUAGACCACCUCUACAGUUGUUUGUUUGGGACAUUCAUUGGAAACUGUGAGAAGCAAAGAGAAAAACUGAAAGUUAGAGUGAAGACGAUGUCACUGUGGAGCUUUAUCAACAGCCAGUUGGAGAUCUACAAGAACCCGCUAUACACAGAGAGCAUCCAGCAGGUCCUGUUCCCGAGUGCCAGUAUCCGUAAACUGGAGCUCUGGAAGGGAUACUACCUCCGGUGGAACCCCAGAAUGAGACCUCAGGAAGCAGAGUUUGAACGCUGCAGGCAUCUCCAAGUACUGAUCAAACUGCUGAGAGAAAAGUGCCAGGAACUGCAGGAACAACAACAGAGAGAAUCACAAAUAGCAACUGUUGUGGCUUAGCAAAACACACACACCUUUUUUUACUGCGCAGUAAAUUUUCCCUGAUGAUCCGGCCUCAGUGC